AUGUCUUCUUUACCAGGAAAGCAUAUGAUGAAGGUCACAGUGACGGCGCGUCAAGAGCUGGAAAUUCACGUCGACGAACCGACGAACCUUGCGUACUUCCCAGAAAGUGUUCCACACAUCGUCCUGGAACGACUUGCUCAUCGAGGCCUCAACCUGACCAGCAUGCAAGUUGCUUCGAACCCAGGCAACAUAUGUGGUCUCCAGGACGGUCAAGAACUGGCUUCUACGGCGAUGAAGGAUAGCGCUGUCUUCCACAUAUUCAACCACGACCAUUCGCUUCCAGCCUGGAACAGAUUGCCGGACAACAUGCCCAAUAAGAUACCAUUAUGGGACAAACAGGAGGCACCCGAGGCUCGACAACUGGCUCUGUCUACACAAAAGCCCAUCACUUGGUUCUAUGAUCCAGUUCCACGACCUGGUACAAAGCCCACACUGUCCAGGAUCGCACACUGUCCUGCUCUGUCAUCUGCUCCUCCCAACACACCCCUUGCUCCCAACCUCGUCUCUGCUGAUCCGGCCGAAGACAACCACGCUGCGACAGAGGCUACGCGUCUAGAUGCGCAGGAACCCAUGGAGGAAGUAACACCCGCUGCACCACGCGCCAAAGGCAGAGGAAAAAAGAGAGGAAAGAAGAAGCCCAAGACGAUUCGCGUCCAGAAGCAAGCCGACAUGGUGCCACACCGACCAGUCACGUGCUCCCAGAUGGAAAAGGAAGCUGGCAGAGUCAUCGACAAGCCAAAUCGAUCGGGGAAAGGCACGCUGACGACCGAGAAGCGCAGGAGGGGCGGCAUCCACGACAGGCCAAACUUUACAAAGCAGGUCGAGCGUGUCGGCAUCACACAGACGGUGCGUACGUUCGGGCACAAGCACCAGCGCCGAUUGAAGCAGAGACUGGCAAAGGCCACGGAGAAGCGGUGGCAAGGCCAGCCCAGUGGUCUGACCGAGGACGACAAGAUCGACGUGAUUACCCAAGAGCUCCAGAAAGCGUUUUGA